AUGGCAAGAAGAGAAGUAGAUGUAGGAAAAGAAGAGGAAGAGAGGGAGGCCAGCAAGGUUAUGAAGGGAUGGGAAAAAAGCUUGAGAAAAUUUGGCAGAACAUCGGAGGGAGCAAAAUGUGAAUCGAAUGCUGAAGCGGUGGGGGUUGGCGGGUCGACUGAUGGCUUGACAAUGGACACAUACUACUUUGCGACCGCAAGCUUGGAGCAUUUUGGGCCUUUGGUGGGCUCCCUGUGGUUCCCGGUGUGGCUCACCACUUUCCUGUGGCGGGUUUUGUCGACUCCGAUUCUGGAACGGUUCCACGAGUCAUCGAGGAAACGGACCCCAUUUCACGACGACGGGGAUGUGAGCUUCAGUCAGGAAGGCUUCGGCAUACGCAUAGCUCUUCCCGAAAAGAAUGGCAAUUCGCACGAUUUCUCCCGAGUGAUCCACCUCGUUCUCGACAAAUUGGGGGAAACUGGGGGCAUCGCGUCGAGAAAAUCACCCGAGAAGGAAGAGCCAUUUUUGAAACAGACAGCGAUAUUCCUGGGCGAGGCAAAUCUGCAUUCAAAAGAACCAUUCAUCGCAACUUUGAUGCACUUGGACUACAUGAGAACGGCCAAAGACCCCAAGAUGGAACAGUUGCGAUGUCGGCGAAAGAUACUUCAAGACUUUUCAUAUCAAACUCUAUGCGGCUUUGACGUGAACCAAGAGACCAGCUUUGAGUUGAGGCAGUUACAAAGUGUGAGCUGGGCCAACACUGAGGCAAUUGCGACUACCUGCCUCAACAACAUGGGUCACGCUCUCCUCCAGGAACUGCUGACUCAUCUGGACCGCAUCCACAUUGGCCCCGAGCUCCGAGACAGCCCAGCGGAGGAUCUAUGCAAUGGCCUCAGGUACCAAGGCGUCCGUCCAGAUGCAGGCAGCUGGGCUUUCAGGCACGCGGCACGCUUCGGAUGUUGGAGCAAUAAGGUAAGCAAGCCAAGCUUGGCCCACGGAUACCCGAGUCCCCGUCGCAAUGUUAGCCCGUUGCUUACCUUGCACUCCGGCGCGUUCAGCAAUGCUGCAGCGCAUCUCUCUCCAGCGCAGGAUCAAUGGCAGCCGCAUCACCCUGCGAGAGCUCUGUCUCGGGCUUCUAACUCGCUGCGUGCCUUGGGCGAGUUGGGGCAGCUCCGCGCCGUCUUAGCUUUUGAUAGGCAGAUAAGAUACCUGCACCUAUCGGGUGCUGCGUCAUGGUCCUUCGUGCCUUGCGGAGGCGAGUGGGCAGGUUGUCACGGGGGCGCAGUUGCUAAGGCGCCGCCCCAGCUUCCGCAUCUUCCCCCCGUCAACACAUCAUCAUCCCCCCCAUCCGUUUCAACCGCCAUCUCCUCAGUAUCACCAGCACGAAGACGCAGGGCGCUAAACACCAUCAGCACUCUCCUCACCGCGGCCGUGCUGUUGGGUGCGGCCCAGGCCGAAGUCCACAAGCUGAAGCUGAAGAAGGUCCCCAUUGAGGAGCAGCUUAACUCUGUUCCUAUCGAGCACCAAGUCAGACAGCUCGGCCAGAAGUACAUGGGCGCCCGCCCUGACAGCCAUGCCGAUGCCAUGUUCAACCAGAAGCCCUUCACAAGCACUGGCGAGCACCCCGUGCCUGUGAGCAACUUCAUGAACGCUCAGUACUUCUCCGAGAUCGAGAUCGGUACUCCUCCCCAGACCUUCAAGGUUGUUCUGGACACUGGUAGCUCCAACCUGUGGGUUCCUUCCCAGCAGUGCGGCAGCAUUGCAUGCUACCUGCACUCCAAGUAUGACUCUUCGUCGUCGUCCACCUACAAGUCCAACGGCUCCGAGUUCGAGAUCCACUACGGCUCUGGCAGCUUGACUGGUUUCGUCUCCCAGGAUGACGUCUCCAUUGGCGAUCUUAAGAUCAAGAAGCAGGACUUUGCCGAGGCCACCAGCGAGCCUGGCCUUGCCUUUGCCUUCGGUCGCUUCGACGGCAUCCUCGGUCUUGGUUACGACACCAUUUCCGUCAACAAGAUUGUUCCCCCCUUCUACAACCUUGUUAACCAGAAGGCUAUUGACGAGCCUGUCUUCGCCUUCUACCUCGGCGACACCAACGAGGAGGGUGACGAGAGCGAGGCUACCUUUGGUGGCCUCGAUGACUCUCACUACGAGGGCAAGAUCACUUACAUCCCCCUCCGCCGCAAGGCUUACUGGGAGGUCGACCUCGAUGCCAUUACCCUUGGCGACGAGACCGCUGACCUUGAGGGACACGGUGCCAUCCUUGACACCGGUACUUCUCUGAACGUCCUCCCCUCUGCUCUUGCUGAGCUGCUCAACAAGGAGAUCGGUGCCAAGAAGGGCUACAACGGCCAGUACUCUGUUGAGUGCUCCAAGCGUGACGAGCUUCCCGACAUCACCUUCACUCUCUCUGGCUACAACUUCAGCAUUUCCGCUUACGACUAUGUCCUGGAGGUCUCUGGCAGCUGCAUCUCCACCUUCCAGGGCAUGGACUUCCCCGAGCCGGUCGGCCCCCUUGUCAUCUUGGGAGAUGCCUUCCUGCGCCGGUGGUACUCUGUUUACGACCUCGGCAAGAACGCCGUUGAAUACGUCGAUUACUCGGUCAAUCAGAUCCAGGGUGCGGCUCAUUUGUCUUUCAGCAUCUGUGUCAUUGUGCAUUAUCUACGUGAAAGUAGGCCCACCUUUGAGGAGCUCGAACUGUGCUGCAGAGGCCAUGUGUUGAACAAAAUCAAUAAUACUGUUUGCAAUAUGAGAAAGAAGCUUCAACAAGCUACCCUCUUCACGAAGAUCAUCACGUGGGUAAUGGGCCCGCUUAUUCAGAUCGGCAAGCCAAUCGCUGCUGACCUCAGCUCAGUGCCUUUUCGCCAGCAACCAACAAGGACCCGUGGUUCUGUCCAAUUUUCCAGUAUAGCCUCCCGACAGUCACGCAGGGGAAUUGCUCCAGGAGCAUUUGCAAGGCGAGAAAAAUCCAAAUACGGCGACUUUGAUGGACCCCAUUCAUUUUCCGAGUACCGUUGCUUGUCUUUGAGUUUUGGAGUUCCACCAAGACGAGCGACCGACGAACCUCGCGCGUCGCGACAAUCCCGCCCUCCACUAGGCUACCUACCACCCCCGUCGUCCCGCGCGACAUCGACAGAACGAACCGCCCGAAACGCCCUGGCAUCGCGAUAA